CCCCCCCUCCCCGACGAUUCUCGAAAAAGUUUGAUAGAGCACCCACUCCUCCUCCUCUCUCACCCUCCUCCCCCUUCUCUCACUCCUUCGACGCUCCGAACGGAUCAUUUCUGCUUCUCUCCCUUUUAGUGAAGUGCAGGGCUGUUCCCUUCCGCCGUCGGCCGCAGUUUCUCCUCCUCCACGCCCUCAGUCAGUCAGUCGUUCAGCAAGACCCGGUGGUUGGCGGCUGCAGGCGGCGUCAGAUCGCGACACAUCGCGCGGUAUUGUGUGAGCGCGAGUUCAAAACAGAAAAAAAAAAAAAAGAGGAAGGAGUGGGUUAGUGGAGUGAAAACUUAGGGACCUGCGGUGAGAGGCGCAAAACUCUUCCCUUCGCUCUGUCCUCAUUCUUUCUCUCCGCUGCUUGUGUACCUAAACUUCCUUCGCGCUUCUGACGACAAACGUUUCAGAUGACAGAUAAUCAGUUGCUUGUUGCCGUUCGAAGAUGUCGACGGCGCCGAUGAAAUUGUUGUCGCUGUCGCUCGUAACUACCACGACGACGAAGAGGACGCCAACGGCGACGACUGAUCUUGUCUUCGGUGACGUCGUUGGAGACAGCUCGGCUCACUUCGUCUUCUCUCGGAGCUCCCCCGUGCCAUGGAUUUGAACCCCGGUAGACCUGUUGGAUUGUGUUGUGUGCAUCUGCUGUGAUAACGCCAUCAGCUUAGCCGCCGACAUCGACCUGCAGAUGAACAUCUCCGAAACUUUUGAGUUUUGUUUGUGUUGUAGUUGUGCGACGAUUGAGGAUUAGUACGGUCUGGUCUGGAUUCGAACCACAGUUUCAAACAAGUGGUAAACAGAAGUGGAUUUAAACCCAGACUGGUUGCUUGCCCGGAGAACUGGUGGAAGUUGUUACCUUGACGAAACCUUCCUCUUCUGGGAAAGAAGCUUUAGUGCAAAGAAAGAUGCUUGCAGUCACCAAAAUCAUGUACUUCGUCCUGUGUGUGUUGUGGCUGUUGUUCGUCACCGCUUCCAAUGUCUCGGCCUUCGAGAACGUGACGUACACCAACGUCACAACAACAAGAACCACCUUCAACGAGACUAAGACAGUGGCGCCCUCUAACACCGCCAAACAUGACUACGCCGUGCACGACGCCAAGAACAUAGCCAUCGACCGCUACGUUACUCCUUUCAUCUACCUGGUGGGUUUCCCGGGUAACAUCCUCUCCUUCAUCAUCUGGAUUCAGAAGCGCAUGCGGCAUUCGUCUGGCUGUUACCUGGCGGCAUUGGCCCUCGACGACUUUGUCUUCCUGUCGCUGCACGUGGUGUUCGAGUUGCACAUGGCGUGGCAGGUACACUUGCUCAACACCACGAUGGUGUGCCAGGUGUUCCCGAUCGUGUUCAUGGCCUCCCAGUACCUCGGCCCGCUUCUGGUGCUGGGCUUCACCACCGAGCGGUACAUCUCCAUCUGCCAUCCGUUUCGGCGCGAGAAGUACUGCACGGUCCGGCGUGCCAAGAUCGUCAUCGCCAUCCUGGUCGUGCUGGCCAUAUGCCUGAGCGCCGUGCAGGGCUACUUCUACACCAUGCACGCCGGAUCGCUGAACAACGACACCAGCACCAGCUCCAACGACACCCACCAGCAAUCCAUGGACUGUGGCCCUCGUCCGGAGGUCAGCGCCGGCGGAACCACCAGCCUGAUGCUGCUCUGGAACCUCAGCAUCGAGAUCCUGACGUUCCUGCUGGUGCCGCUGGCGGUGCUGUCGCUCAACAUCCUGGUCAUCGCCGAGCUGCGCCGCAUGUCGCGGGUGGAGUCGCACACGCUGCAGAGCCACUCGCAGCGGACCUCCGCCACCACGGUGAUGCUGUUGGCUGUCUCCUUCUAUCUCAUCCUCACCACCCUCCCAGUGACCAUCGUCUACUCUCUCUUCUUCGAAUUCAAUUACGAGAACUUGAUCCACCCCAACGGCUCUCUAAUAAACCCGGAAGACCCUCAGAAUCAGCGCGUGAUGACUUACGAGCUCGUGCUGACCUCCAUCAAAGAGUACGGCACGACGCAGUACGCCUUCAACAUCUUCAUCUAUGUCAUCACGGGCAAGAUCUUCCGCAAGGAGUUGAAGAAGCUGUUCCUGCGAGCUGUGUGCGCCAAGUUCACUCUGUCCAUCCCCAAGGAGUACAGCAGCCUCAAGAGCAGCGUCCGGGGCAGCAACAAAACAAAAAGCGUGUGGGUGUCGAUGAAUGGUCACGGGGACAAUGAACUCAGGGACACCGAGGAGACGAACGUAUGACGGAAGCCAGGAGCAGUGGACUGUGAGUUUCUUUUUUUUUUAAAUCUCUUUUGCACGUGACUCAUGUCACGGGGCAGGACCAGAACAGUGUCCUCUAGCCAUCCACAUCCAACAUGCUUUUGUUUUGAAAGAGGAAUUCUUUUCUGAAGGAUGCGCCUAGCUUUUUGCUCGUUUAACGAGGAAGAAGGUGGGAUCAGUCUGGAUCUCUGCGACACCAUAAGGAGCGGAUAGUGGGGAUCACCCUCUUUUCCUACCCUCCUACUCGCAUGGUGAACUUUGACAAGGUGGUGGAGAGAAAGGUCAAAGGUCUUACAGGUCAGAAGAGGACUCAAAGACCCGAAGACCCCUGAAAGCCAGUAAAGGUUCAAGCAUCGACGAAGGCCAGUCUUGGGGUUGGUGGGUUGGUGGGUUGGUGGGUUGGUGGGUAAGGUAGUUGAACUGUGUGACAAUACUCGAGGCUUCGUGGCAACGCUUGCUUACCCCUGAUCUAGCCAGCCAACCAGCCAGCCAGCCAGAAAAAAACAUGGUUUCGCUUCAGACUAAUCCUCACAAUUGCAAUGAAAUGGAGCAGUACGUGCGCGCGAUUUUGUUUCCGAUGAAUACUCGAGGGGGUUGAAGUAUUCAUGCAAACAAUGAAAGAACUGAUUAAAAAAGUAUUACCUACACAGUGUCAAGUGUUUGUUUAGUACAUCUAAAAUUUAAAGGCGAUACAAGGUGGAUUUUAAAAAUUCGUUUAUAGGACAAUUUUCAUAGUUUCCUUUGGCCCAAAAUAGGUUCAUCUGCUUUCUGACCGACAGCUUCUUAAAACUUUUUAAAACUCGUGAAGACUUUCAUCCUCGAUAGUCGCGUCUUAGUUCCAGGCUUGGGGAAGAAAGGUGGAUGUACAAAACAAGUUUGUUGUCAGACCUGUUCCAAAACAACCUGACGGAGACCUAAGUGUAAGACUGGGGUCAUCAUCUUUGUCUCGCUCUCGUGACUGACACUCGAAGACAGGUUAGAUGGUUUUAACAUGCACGUCUCGUACAACGGAUCAUCGUGCACUCAGCCUCGCUGUGGAUGAGAUCAAAGGACUAAUAACAUGUACCCUGAUGAACACCCGUCUUUCUUUACGACAGGAGAGCGCCAGCAGCUCAAAGAGAGGUGAUGAUGGUAAUCACUUUCGAAGGCAUCUGGAGGGAAAAUAAUAUUUUAACUGCUGUCGUUAGGAUGCUACCCAAGCUCGUGAAAAACAAAUAAAAACGAGGAACAAAUAAAUCAUCAGAGAAGAGGAUAAGUACGACAUCGUUUAGCAUGUUAGUGUGAAAACUAUUGGCUCAACAUGUAAUUUUGUGCCUAGGGACUGCGUGCUGUUAAAGUUGUCUACAAAAUGUUUGAACUGUGACACCCUUGUUGAACUUCUUCUAAACAUUUUGUCAUUUAUUUGUCUCUGUGUUGGAGAUUAUGACUUUUUUGUUGUUAUUAUCAUCUGUUGAAACGGACACGGAGCUAAACCAUCGCGAAGGUUGGUCUUUAACUCCAAUACAACUUGCAUCCAUUAUUUAUGUUGCCAUUGUUUCUUCUUUGCUGAUGUCCUCCAAGUCACCACCAGGACGAGUUUGUUGACAAAACUAUUCCUGUGUUGACACACCACACUGCGGCAUGUUGUUGUGUACUCAUGGGUUAUACAUAAUAACCUCGGCCAUGUACACUGUACAGCACUUAAAGCAUGCUAAUGAUAGAGUCUGUGAAGCCAUUGUUAGCCGUUGGUAUCUAUACCUACAUGUUGUUUGAUGUUGCUGUUGUCCUUGUUGCGAAGAUCGUUGGGAAGGAUUGAAUGAUUCCCGAGAUAUACAGCUUUGUUGUGACCGUGAAUAUAGCAUACAGUGAUACAAUGCCUAUGAUGAUGUGCAUUUAACCUCGAAAUACUAACAUUUGUGACAAGAGUAUGGAAGUAAAAUACUGACAGAAUUGCUGACUUGUACUGUCCCCAGCAUCGUUGCCAGGGCGACUUGACGAAAGGGUGCAUGGUUCGACUCCAGAAAUUUGUUCUUGUGUAAAGUAAAUUCUUAAUUUAUACAUCAUUAACAGUCUGAUACUUAUUUUCUUGAAAUAUUAUUUGCUCUUCGUUUGUCCAUUUUUGUUUCUUUUUGUAUAGUUUGGUCGAAGGAAACAUGAGGUAGACAUCUACCGAAAGUAA